GGCUCGUUCUCUUUCCGUGCUUGAAGUUCAACGAGGCAACACGUUCGUGUUGGGCUGUGGUGAGCAAAAAUGGUUAAUCACCGUAUUCCUUCGGUCUUCUCCAAGACUUACGUUACUCCGCGCCGUCCGUUCGAGAAGCCGCGUCUCGAUGCGGAAUUGAAAAUUAUUGGCCAGUAUGGCCUACGUAACAAGCGUGAGGUGUGGCGUGUGAAGUACACGCUGGCCAAGAUCCGCAAGGCCGCUCGUGAGCUUCUCACGCUGGAAGAGAAGGACGAGAAGCGUCUGUUCCAAGGUAACGCUCUGCUGCGCCGCUUGGUACGGAUCGGUGUGCUGGAUGAGUCGCGCAUGAAGCUCGAUUACGUUCUCGGUCUGAAGAUCGAGGAUUUCCUUGAGCGCCGUCUGCAGACCCAGGUCUUCAAGCUGGGCCUGGCCAAAUCGUACCAUCAUGCACGUGUGCUGAUCCGCCAGAGACACAUCCGAGUCCGCAAGCAGGUUGUGAACAUUCCCUCGUUCAUCGUACGCCUGGAUUCGCAGAAGCACAUUGACUUCUCGCUGAAGUCUCCGUUCGGAGCUGGCCGUCCGGGUCGCGUCAAGAGGAAGAACAUGAAGAAGGGACAGGGUGGCGGCGGCGGUGGUGCUGAAGAAGAGGAAGAAGAUUAAACUAUCUUGCGCCGGGCAAAACACUCGCUCUCUGCCAUUCGUGGAGACACUGGGAUAUUCUCCGCGAAAUGUUUUGCUUGAAAAGAUGCCAACAUAAUAAUAAAAACAAGAAACCACUUAUGAA